UUUACUUACAAUAAUUGUGUUUGUUGACUUGAAAUAUUUUUUUCUAUUAAGGUCCACGUAAUUAUGUCUCAACUUGACUGUAAAAAAUCCUGAUGCGUUGUCUGAACACAAAGCAUUUAUGUUAAGUUAAAAAUUCUUACAUCCAGAAGGUGGCAGUAUAGUGAGACGCUAACUGCCAUGAAAAACCCCAAAGAAGAAGAGCAGCAAGACGAGUCAGACCCCCUGAAAAGGUUUUCAUCAAUUGGUUUUGACGUCUUGCCUUUUCGACAGCUGGUAAAGUUUGAAAAGACGCGGCAUAUUCAGCCUGCUGAGUGGGAUGUAAUCACAACCUGGAGUGGAUUAAAAGUCCUUACUGAAGGGUGUGUUCCUGCCAAGGUGCUUUACUCACAAUAGGUAAGAUCUGUAACAUCUACUAAUGUAAAUACUGUUUCUUGCAUGACCAUUUUAUUUUUUUAGUUCCAAGUAGCUUGUUUCUGUUUGUAUCCUGUUUACUUUUAAUUAUCAGUAGCAAUUGAUAAAUUAGUUUUUAACAGAUUAUAUAAAUGUUUUAAAUUAUUAUUUUAAGUCAUAUGCUAUGUUAUUUGUAAAACUUUUCUAAAAGAUUUUUUUUUUGCAAGUCAAGGUUCUUUUAAUUAAUUUAUGUGGUGUGUGUGCUUGUUAUAGAUACUGAAUGUGGCAGUGUAAAGGUUGCAGUUCAAAGACCUCAACUAGAUGUCAGUUACUAAAACAUUAUAGGUUAAAACAUCCUCAAUAUGGGCGUAGGCACCCAUAUCCUUGCCCAUAUACUAGUUGUCCAUGUACAUUCAAGUCAUGGAAUGCACUUAGAUCACACCUUUGUAGAGUCCAUAACAGAGACUCAUCUCAGCAAACAACAUCAUUGGCUACAUUCAGAUGUCAAGUUUGUUUAUUCGCAAAAUUUCUGCCCCCCCUAUCCUGCUGGAGAGACCCAGAACAGCCUUGAAGGCGAAAGAGUGUCACUGUUGUCCGAGGUCAAAAAAAGACGCAACAAUGCAGUUAUCAAGGAGAAGAUGGCCAAGACCUUUGCGUAUAGGAGACAGGAGGUAGUCAGGGACAAACCCAUGAUUGCAGAGUUCAAGACCAGAUGGCCAGGACUGUUUACUGUGCCUGAGGUGGAAGCAGAAUUUUUAAGGAUUACCACUGUUCCCCUCAUCACAACGUUUUUUGCACAACUUGACCACCAUGCUGAUCAGCUCAUCAGAGUGCUGAAGAAGACGGGUGGAUCUAAAGGGAAGAAAAUUGACUUCACCUUUGCCCCGACUUCACAGAAUGAAACUGUUGAAAAGAAGAGGGAGUGCCUCCUCAGGGCACAUUGUAUCUAUCUAAAUGAAGAUCCAAGCAGUCUCUUCCAAGAGUAUCUGUAUUAAUGCUGAUGGAGGGGAUGGCACCAACACUCCAGUUGAUGUUGGAAUAGUGAUUGAGGGUGUUGAAGUGCUUCAGGGCUUGGGAGACAUCGCUUCUGCAUGUGCACUCUUAAUGGGUGUCAUAUAUGCAAUGAACCUCAGUUAUCCUCAGGAACUGAAAACGUUCUUUGAGGUGCUUCAGAAAAUCUUCCUCCAGCUGGAUGCUACCAGACUCUCAACCAAAGUACAGAUGCUUAAAAACAAACUGUAUGAGUGAACAUUGAGCAUGUGUGCGUUUAACAUGAAGGCCUGCUUUGCACUUGAAAAAAUUUAAUUGAAAAACACUUAAGUUUACAUACCUUUUUUUCUUUCUUUCUUUUUUGUGUGGCACGCACCACUGUUCUGGGUGACAUGUUUCUUUGUCAUGUGAAGCGUGUCCAGAUUUUUCAUUAUUUUUUCUACAGCAUUAAUGCUGAGGGAGGUGAUGCCACCAUCACUCCAUUUGAUGUUGGAUAGUGAUUGAGGGUGUUGAAGUGCUUCACAACUAUUUAUUUUUUUUUGGUGUGACAUGCACAUGUUCUGGGUGACAUUUCUUUUUCAUGUGAAGUGUUUACAGAUGCUUAAACUGUAUGAGUGAUCCAAUGUUGAGCACUUAAAAAUUUGUGGCAUUAACAUAAAGGCCUGCUUUGCACUUGAAAUCAGUUAAUUGAAAAAACACUUGAAAGAUUAUUACCUUUUCUCUUUUUUUUGUGACAUGCACCACUGUUCUGGGUGGCAUGCAGUGUCCAGAGUU